AUGGGAUGCUGUGGUAGUAAGAACAAAGUGGUACCACCUGCUAAAUCAAAUGCUUAUAGUACCAUAACUCCAGCGACAGCAAGAGAUGACAAACCUACAGCUAAUAAUCCACCUCCUCCUCCACAACAGGACAACUCAGCAAUGCAACGAUUUAAUAAAGUUGCACUUAGUACAACCAAUCCUCUACCACUUGUUAGCGGCUAUGGUGAUGAACCAGUUGGAACAUUAGAAGAAGCACUUCAACCUGUUGAUGGUAGAAUUGAUAAUGCAGCUCAUUAUAUUCAAGAUGCUAAAGCAAAAUGUCAUUUCCCAUCAGAACAUGGUCUGACUCGUGAUGAAUCUGCUGCGAUAUAUAUUUAUUCAAAAAAAUGGAAUAAUCGAUAUGUAUCCGAUCAGUUACAACAAGCGUUCAGCACUCAAAAUCGUUCUCAACUUCAACCAUGGUAUAAAUAUCUUAGAUUGCUAAAAAGUGGACUUGAUAAAUUACCGGCUACAACAACAGGAAUUUGGCAAGGAAUGCCUUUUGAUGAUAGACUUAAUGAAAAACUUAGUUCAAAUUCGACAGUACUCUAUACUUGUUUGGGUUCAUGUGCACCGACUGAUGGUGAACUUAAAUCUUAUCUACAAAAAAAUUACGGACCAAAAACAAUGCUUCUUAGUUAUGAAUCAGUCAAUGGAAAAGCUAUAACUAAUUAUACUGCUAGUAAAUCUCCAGAGAUAAUGAUAUGGCCUGGUAUAAAAAUGGGUGUAUCAAAAUACGCGGUAGUAGAUUCAAAUGGUUCAGUAGUUGCACAUCUACUUAAAAAAAAUGAUCCUCCUAAACAAGUCACAAUAAAAAAGCCACCAUCUGAAAAACAUUUCGUCUGCCCGACUAAUUGUUGUGGUAACCGUUGUCGUGGUAACCACAAACCUGAGCAUUGCUAUGGUUUUUCUAAUCUUCAAAAUUAA